CAACCCAGAGCAAUGUCCCUGGCUGGGGUGAGCUGCCUGGUGACAGGGGCAGGAGGGUUUCUCGGCCAGAGGAUUGUGUGCUUGCUGCUGGAAGAAGAGGAGGCUCUGGCCGAGAUCCGGCUGCUGGACAAAGCCUUCAGCGCUGAGGCACUCGGGAGGUUUGACAAGUUCAAGGGGAAGACUGAGCUGAAGAUCCUGGAAGGGGACAUCCGAGAUGUGACGUUCCUGCACCGUGCCUGCCAGGGGGUCUCCCUCGUCAUCCACACGGCCUCCCUCAUUGACACCCUGGGCCUCAUCGAGAAGAAGCUGCUCUGGGAAGUCAAUGUGACAGGUACUCAGCUGCUGCUGGAGGCGUGCGUCCGCUGUAACGUCCAGCACUUCAUUUACACCAGUACCAUAGAAGUGACAGGCCCAAACUGCAAAGGGGACCCCAUUUUCAACGGGGACGAAGAUACAGCUUAUGAGAGCACAUCCAAAUUUCCUUAUGCCCAAAGCAAGAGACUGGCAGAGGAUGCUGUGCUGAAAGCAGACGGCCAGGUGCUGAAGGAUGGCGGCACGCUGAUGACCUGUGCCCUGAGAUCCAUGUAUAUUUUUGGGGAAGGCUGCCCCUUUCUCCAAGGCCAUCUGGACAAGUGCCUGCUGAACAAGAACAUCUACCUGCGCUUCUCCAGGAAGGAGGCUCUGGUGAACCCCGUGUACGUGGGCAACAUCGCCUGGGCGCACGUGCAGGCAGCCAAAGCCCUGCGAGCCCCGCAGAGAGCCAAGCACGUCAGGGGCAAGUUCUACUACAUCUCAGAUGACACUCCUCACAUGAGCUACGCUGACCUGAAUUACGAGCUGACCAAGGAGCUGGGGUUUGGGAUUGAGCCCCGGCUCCCCAUGCCCCUGACAAUGCUCUAUUACUUCUCGCUGCUGCUGGAGAUGCUCAGCUUCCUGCUGCGGCCCUUUGUCAGAUACGUGCCCUCCACCAAUCGCCACCUGGUCACACUGCUCAACACCCCCUUCACCUUCUCCUACAGAAAGGCACAGCAGGAUUUUGGCUACGUGCCCCGCUACACGUGGGAAGAGGCCAAGCAGGGCACUGGUGAGUGGAUUGCCUCCGUGAUCCCCCAGAGAAGGCUGCUCUUGCAGAGCAGCACUGCCUGA